CAACUCAUAAAACACUCUUUCCACUUACCAAAUCUUCCUCCUCCUCCUCCUCACUUAUCAAGUAAACCACCACCACCACCACUCACCACCCUCCUCAUAAAAUGGUCACCGUCGAGGAGAUCCGCAACGCUCAGCGUUCCAGUGGACCUGCCACCAUCCUCGCCUUCGGCACCGCCACCCCUUCCCACUGCGUCAUGCAAGCUGAUUACCCUGACUACUACUUCCGCAUCACCAACAGUGAACACAUGACUGACCUCAAAGAAAAAUUCAAGCGCAUGUGUGAAAAGUCCAUGAUCAGGAAGCGGUACAUGCACCUGACGGAGGAGAUUCUGAAGGAGAAUCCGGCCAUGUGCGCGUACAUGGCGCCGUCGCUGGAUGCUCGUCAGGACCUGGUGGUGGUGGAGGUGCCGAAGCUAGGAAAAGAGGCGGCGGCGAAGGCGAUCAAGGAGUGGGGUCAACCAAAGUCAAAGAUCACUCACCUCGUUUUCUGCACCACCUCCGGCGUCGACAUGCCCGGCGCAGACUACCAGCUCACCAAGCUUCUCGGCCUGAAACCCUCCGUGAAACGCCUCAUGAUGUACCAGCAAGGCUGCUUCGCCGGCGGCACGGUGCUUCGCCUGGCCAAGGAUCUCGCCGAGAACAACAAAGGCGCAAGAGUCCUCGUCGUGUGUUCCGAAAUCACCGCCGUCACCUUCCGCGGCCCAUCUGACACCCACCUCGACUCCCUCGUCGGGCAGGCACUCUUCGGCGACGGCGCCGCCGCGAUUAUUGUCGGUGCAGAUCCUGACCUCGCCGUGGAGCGUCCGAUUUUCCAGCUGGUCUCCGCCGGGCAAACGAUUCUCCCUGACUCCGACGGCGCGAUCGACGGCCACCUCCGUGAGGUGGGGCUGACGUUCCACCUUCUCAAGGACGUUCCCGGGAUCAUCUCGAAGCACAUUGAGAAGAGCUUAUCGGAGGCGUUUGCGCCGAUUGGGAUUUCUGACUGGAACUCGCUGUUCUGGAUCGCGCAUCCGGGUGGACCGGCGAUUUUGGACCAGGUUGAGGCGAAACUCCGGCUCAAAGAGGAGAAACUCCGGUCGACCCGGCACGUGCUGGGUGAGUAUGGGAACAUGUCAAGCGCGUGCGUGCUGUUUAUUUUGGAUGAGGUGCGGCGGAGGUCGAAGGAGGAAGGGAAGGAAACCACCGGAGAUGGGUUGGAGUGGGGUGUUCUUUUCGGGUUCGGGCCGGGUCUCACCGUCGAGACCGUCGUGUUGCACAGUGUUCCCUUGGAGGCUUGAACCGAGUGAAAAAAAAAAUGCUUUUGUAUGUUGCACGUGGGAAGUAACGGUGGUGGGCACACGCACACUCAAAUAAAAGUUGUGUUCUUGUGAUAUUAAUUAUUAUAAUUUUUAAUUUAAUGAUAUAUUAUGAUGAUGUGGUGUUUGUGAA